AUGACCAGCAGUCUCGAAGGAUUCCAUUGUGUUUGGAAAGGAUCAGAUUGUCGCAACGUUUGCGAGAAUGUAGAAUUGAAAGAAGAAAAUGGCUAUGGCAUGAUUGUGCAAUGUUCGUCCAUUGUUUUACUUACACCAAUGUCCAUAACAAAACGGUCAGAACAGGCAAGAUGGACGAGGCGUGUUGCAUCCUGUUCUGGACCUUUUCAGUCAACCCACAGACCGCUCUCCUCAUCAUUCUGUACAAUCAUGAUCUUGAGCCCACUUAAGGUCACGGACAUUAUGUUCAAACACCGUAUUACCUUGAGACAAUUUUGGGAGCAUCAUGUGGAAAAAUUGCUAAGAUUGUACAGUAACUGCACAACGUGGACACGGCAUCUUCCUUCCCCAGAGCCAACAUGGCGAGAUAACAAAUUGGAAGCUUUCGAAACGGCGAAACCGAAAGUUUCGCCUACAGAUUCGGGGAUCUUCGCGGGCAUGAUCGUCGACCCAUACUGCUCGUGCCACUUUUUUUUUUCCUCUUUGCCCACUUCGACCAUUGGGCAGCUGUGCACUCUCAGAUCGGAAUGCACCAGGGUACAGCGCUUGAUGGAAGACUGA